CUCCCUGCAAACAAUGGCGUGUCCAAGGGCAUCUCUCGGCUACAGCUGCUGCUACCUGCACGAGAAUAUAUUACAGGCUUCACCUCCAGGAUCACCUUGGAAACGGCGGAGCAGCUUUAUGCGGUGUCCAGAGGAGACCUGGCCGUGGUGCAGGGCGUUGAAAAGGGCAUUGCCCUUCUCCAGAGCGCUCUCGAUCCUCUGUUCAUGGGUCACGGUCCCCGGGUGGGUGCAUCCUGGCGUGGUGCUGGCACAUCCAGCCCUGGCUCCACAGCUGCGGGCACAGCGCGGUGAGCGGGGAUGCACCAGCGUCUGCCCCAAGUGCUGGGUGAUGGGGCUGGGAAGUUGUUUCAGGUCCUGCAUUAAUAACGGAGGUGGAGGUUGUCAAGCUCUCUGCUUUGUUAUCACCAGGAGAAGUCUUCGCACCGUGAAGGAGUGGAGGGAGCCCGCUGCUACCGCAGCAGGGGAGCUGAUGGCAAGGCACCCACAGCUGCACCGUGCUGAAAUCCAUCCCUGCCUCCACCGCCUGGCGUCCGCCUGGAAAGGAACGGCCUCAAAAACCUACGGCCAGUGGUGGGCAAAAUGGCAACGCAUCCAUUCGGCCUCUCGUGGCAAGGGUUCAGACAUUAACGACACAGCAGGAAAGAACUAUAAAUUCCCCUGGGAAGAACACACGAGAGAAUAUACACACGAUGAGCUCAGGCUGUUGUUUCUACCUUCUUUCAGCCACAGCUUUUCCAAGGGGUUACCACCCAUGCUCACUCUGUGCACGUGGGACAGCUCUGCUGGCUGCUGCAGGGACGGCUGUGCUAUCUCUGCAGCGGUUUGGCCACUCUGGAGAUCGCUUCCAACACACAGCCGUAAGGUGAAGCAAAGGCCUGGUAUAGGUCAGGCUCAUAUCUUUCAUCUCACUGCAAACCAAGGGGGUGCUACUUGUUUUACCCAAGCACCAGGGAAUUUUGCAAGAGCCAUCCUAACACUUGGGUGGAGCGCAGAAGUGAUGGCAGGGUGGAGGGGAGAUGUCACCGUGCCGAAAGGAGUGGGGGAGUGUUGCAGCCAGUGGGGGCAUGACAGAUACGAAAUGACCUACACUUUGUAACAUUUUCACCAAAAAAAUAUAUAUUUCAGUAAUGGGGAUGCUGAUGAGAGUGAACCCAGAAAAACAGCAGAGGUCAACAGAGACUGCGUGACUGGGGGUCAGAGAGGGAGAGCGCUAAUUGUCUUCAGAGGGCCCGCUUGUGAGCUGUUUGCAGUAUUUCUACCUGCCUUUACCUCUUGAGGAGGUACAGCGAUGCUGUAAGAGCAGGGCUGUGGGCGUGUUGGUGGUUCGGUGGUCUGGGUGCACAUCCAGGAGCUGCAGAGGAGCCCCCUGGCCACGCAGCGGGUCCAGCGGCCUUGCUGUACGGGCAGGAACCAUACAGCGCUGAUCAACCCCGCUGCUGGGCAAAGCAGAGCUCUUUUAUCGGAACAAGUUAUGGCAGCCCAGAGUCGUACUGAGCGGAAAGUGCUACAGCUCCGCUGGCUUCAAAUUCAGCACCUCACCCUGAGUGAAGAAACUGGUACUUUAGCCACCAUGGGGAAGACUGACCCUUGAAAACACAGUUUCUGACUAUUUAAUGUUGCAGUGCUGUCUCACUGCUGUUCAAAAUCAUUUGGGCACCAUCCUGGAGAGAACUGGGAGUACACGGAAGGAAGAAUUGCACAGAAGAAGCCAGAAAGGUGCUGCUUUUGUGGCCAAGCUUGCCAGUAUUUACCAGGGGGAUCAGAAGAGCAGAAAGCAAAGGAGUGAUGCAUCAGAGCACGGUGCCUUCAGGCUGCGUUUUGGUGGUCUCUCGAUGUUCUCAAGAAGCAGUAGGGUUACAUGUGGUGAAACGUUUCCAAUGUCCAGUCUUUCCUUCUUCCCCUCCUUUCCCAAACACACAGCGUGUGUCUGACGGGCAGAUUCACUCUCUGGAAGGUGAUGCUUUAAAUGCAAACUUUAGUAUACAACUGCACACCGAUUUCUCCAUGGAGUUAAAGCAAAAGGCAUGUUCAAAUGUGGAUUCUAAAUGUAACCAGGGGGAUUAAUUUCCUUUUUAUCCACAUACAUGAACAGUACAGUACACGCGGUGUUUUUGCUACUUCAAAAUAAAUAAAUAAACUUAGCAAAAGCUCUGAAACCCAGGAGCUGUAGCCCUCUGCUAAUGGUUUGUACCCAGAAACAGUGCACAUUAACAAGCCCGUCUCUGCUGAAGCUUUUGAUAUCGCUGUUGCACUUGACAACCCAGACGCUGAAGUGGCUCAGAAAAUGUCUCUGCUGGCCUUGCUAAUGCGCAAACUGCCUCCUUGCACUUACCGAAAUGCCUCUUGCAAGCACAUACUGUGCAAACACGUCAGUGUUUAUUAAAUCUGGGCCUGAGAUGUGGAGCGGCCUCAGUCUACUCCGAUACCAAGGAAGACGAUGUUCUACCCCCUGCAGGGUCAGCUCUUAGCUUGUAAAUAAAGCUAUAUUCUCAUUCUUCAUCAAGUAUAUUCCCUUUCUCUGGCAGUUGCACACCCUUGGAGUGAUGCCAGCGUUAUCUGAAUGUGACUUGCCCUUUGGGGAAUUUCCUUUAAUAUUUUCUCUUAUAGGGAUGGGAGAAGCUCAGAAUUAUGACACCCUGUAUUCAUGUAAAUACCAUGAAAUGGUUGUUUACAGUGAGCUGUGCAAUAGUCCAGCAAAAAGCCCCACUGUGCUCAUGAUGGGAAGGGUCUAGAAUAACAGGUAGCUCUGAAAGGACCUGCAGCCAAAACCUAGAUGUAUUUAUACUUGCUGCUAUGAGAUUUCUGGUGCUCAGCAUCUUUGGGGAUCACGUCAUUAUAUUAACUGCUCAAGUUUUCUGAAGAUUGAAAGGCACAGUCUGGACCCUAGGAGACAACAUGGAAAUGAGUCAACAAUCCAGGGGCAAGCCCAGUCAGUUCCGAUAAUCUCAUAAAGCAAACUAAAUAUUUAAGUUGAAGCACAGACACUUAUUGUGGUGAGGAUUUCAGUUUGGACUGGAAUUUCACAGCUGGUUUUGGUAUCUUUGAUCUUGAACCAAACUCUAGUCCCCAGAUGCCCCAGGCUUUGAGGAACCUCAGAGAAGCCAUCUCCGAAUCCCGGUCUUCACUGAAAUAUGCUGCUCUUUGGCAGUGGAAAUAAAGUUUCCCAUGGGUUUGGACUCUGCAUUCCUUCCCUUCCCCUCCCAGCUCUCUCAUUUCCUCCCCGCCUGGCCGGGCGAGCGGCAGCAUCUUUUAUGCCGUGCUUGAAGUUACGCAUGGGCAGACUGGCCGGCGGGUUCUUG